UCCUCCUCUCUCUCUCGCCAUCCUCAUCUCUCUCGCUGUCUCUUUCUUCCCCCAUCCUCCUCUCUCUUUUUUCUCCUCCUCGUCUGUGUGUGUGAAAAGAGCUGAAGCUUGGGGCACAAAGAGAUCUACAUACAGACAGGAUACACACACGCACAAAUAGGUGCAAGAACCGUGGCUCCGAACAUGGAGCUUGAGCACUUUGACGGGCGUGACAGAGGUCAGAGGUCGAGGCGAGGGCUGCCCCCGAGCCCAGCUCACAGUGCCCACUGCAGCCUGGGCCGCGCUCGCACGCUUCAAGCUCUCAGCUCAGAGAAGAAAGCCAAGAAAGUGCGUUUCUAUCGCAACGGUGACCAUCACUUCAAAGGCAUCGUUUACGCCAUAUCCCGGGAUCGCUUCAGGUCGUUUGAUGCCCUGCUGGCUGACCUCACACGCUCCCUGUGCAACAGCCUCAACCUUCCACAUGGUGUUCGAUCCUUAUACACCAUUGACGGCUCGGCCAAGAUCACCAGCAUGGAGCAGCUGGAGGAAGGUGAAAGCUACGUAUGUGUAUCAAUAGAACCUUUUAAGAAGCUGGACUACACCAAGAAUGUCAAUCCUAACUGGUCAGUCAAUGUUAAGACGGGCGCAUCUUCUCGGAUGCCCACCUCGCUGGCCAGUGCAAAAUCCAGCUCGUUGGAUGCCAAGGAGAGCAAAGACUUUAUCCGGCCCAAGCUGGUGACCAUCAUCAGAAGUGGUGUGAAGCCUCGCAAAGCUGUUCGCAUUCUCCUUAACAAGAAGACUGUACACACCUUCGAGCAGGUUCUCAGCGACGUUACGGACGCCAUCAAGCUUGACACAGGAGCCGUCAAGAGGCUUUAUACAGUUGAUGGCAAAAUGGUGGCGUGUCUGGAGGACUUCUUCGGCGAAGACGACAUAUUCAUCGCCUGUGGCCCUGAAAAGUUUCGUUACCAGGAUGACUUCCUGCUGGAUGAAAGUGAAUGCAGGAUGACAAAAUCGCAGUCUUACGGUCGGCUCUCAUCGUUGCAGGGUCGCUGCUCUCCUCACAGUGGAGGUGCCUCCUACAGGAGCAAAUCUCCUGUCUCCAACAGCUCAGCUAAUGGAACGGCAGGCAGUCAGCUGUCCACGCCACGUUCAGGCAAGUCCCCAAGUCCAUCUGCUACAAGUCCAGCCAGCCUCCGGAGAAGGCGGAGCUCCCAGCACAGUGGCUCAUCUCUCUCUUUGGCCUCCACGAAGGUGUGCAGUUCAAUGGAUGAAGGUGACGGUCCUGUUAGUGAAGCCGAGAUGAUGGAAGAAGGCCCUCAGGUUCCUGCCUCCAUAACGGAGAGGUACAAGGUGGGACGAAUGAUUGGAGAUGGAAACUUCGCGGUGGUGAGAGAAUGUGUGGAGAGAUCCACAGGCCGAGCGUACGCCCUCAAAAUCAUCAACAAGGGCAAAUGUAGAGGCAAGGAACAUAUGAUCCAGAACGAGGUGUCCAUAUUGAGAAGGGUGAAACACCCCAACAUCGUCCUGCUGAUUGAGGAGAUGGACACUUACAGUGAACUUUACCUGGUCAUGGAGCUGGUCAAGGGUGGUGACCUCUUCGAUGCAAUCACAUCCACAAAUAAGUACACGGAGCGUGACGCCAGUGGGAUGCUAUACAACCUGGCCAGCGCCAUCAAGUACCUGCACAGCCUGAACGUAGUGCACAGAGACAUCAAACCCGAGAACCUGCUGGUUUAUGAGCACCAGGAUGGCAGUAAGUCUCUGAAGCUGGGGGAUUUUGGCUUGGCUACAGUGGUAGAUGGACCCCUGUACACAGUGUGUGGAACUCCAACCUACGUAGCUCCAGAAAUCAUUGCAGAGACAGGUUAUGGCCUGAAGGUGGACAUCUGGGCUGCUGGUGUUAUUACUUACAUCCUGCUCUGUGGCUUUCCUCCUUUCCGUGGGACCACUGAAGAUCAGGAAGCUCUGUUUGAUCAGAUUCUCACAGGACAGUUAGAGUUUCCUCUGCCAUACUGGGACAAUGUGUCAGAGUCUGCAAAGGAGCUCAUCACAUGUAUGCUGCAGGUGGAGGUGGAGCAGAGAUACACGGCUCUGCAGGUUUUAGACCAUCCGUGGGUCAACGACGACGGUUUGUCUGAAAACAAGCAUCAGUUAUUAGUAGCUGGAAAAAUAAAGAAGCACUUUAUCACGGGGUCCAAGUCCAGCAGCACGUCACCGGGGGUCUCUGUUAUAACAACCACCGCUCUUGAUAAGGAGAGGCAGGUUUUCAGACGAAGACGCCACCAGGAUGUAAAGUACACCACCACCACCGCCCGCGCACCACAAAGUAGCUUCCCGUUGAAGCCUCUAGCCGGCCCCAGCCCGUCCCCUGCAGAGUUCACCUCGGAGUCUGAGGACUUCUCGCCCAGCUCUGCCGAGACCGUGCGCUCCCCAACCUCACCGUUCUAACAGUGUUUCCUCCCCACAUGUAUACACACACAAAUCCGAGCGUCACACUAAUGAGAACUUGGAUCAAGAAAGAAAGUGUGGUUUGCUCGAUCUGGCUCUGUUUAAGCCUCUCAUUUGCAUGAUUUGAUCUGGCAACUUUCCUGCAUUUAGGAAUCCUGUAUUCAUAAUGCAUUUAAGAAAGAAAAACGAUUUAUAAUGAUCUUUUUUCUGUUUGUAGCAUACAUUAUACCUAAAUCCUACAAUGCUCAAAGGCAGCAUUACGUCAAAACGCAAGGUUACACACACCAGACCUGUUCUAACCUUUUAUUCGUUUACAUUCGUGGCAUUUUGCAGACGCUGUUAUCCACAGUGACUUUCAUUCAUCUCAUUUAUACAACUGAACAGAUGCAAGUCUUGCUUAAGGCCACAAUAGUGGUGGGAUUUAAAACUUGCAAUCUUCUGAUCUCAAAGUCAAACAUCUUAACUACCACAUCCCAUUUAUAGAUACAUUUCAUGUCAAGUUAAGAAAAGAACAUGCAGCUUGACAAAUUACAAUACAUCAUUAUAAUCUUUGAUGCUGUGAAUCAAAUUUCGGAAAUCAUUUCUGAUCGAUCAGAAUCGAGAAUUUUCGCCACUCUCUGAUCCAACAUGUAUAAAUACUGUGAAUCGUGAACAGGUUAUAAAGCCUUAUAACAUGUACAUGUGAUCAAAAUUGACUUUACGACGUUCUUAUGAAUACAUCCUGUAUUGCAUAUUACUAAAUGGAAAGUAAGUAACCUUAAAUUAUAAUUUUUUAUUUAUUUUUUGGCUUAUUCAUGAGCAGGAAGUAUAUAAAAAGGUAUGAUGCAUGAAACAUGAGCAUUAUUAACACAGGAUGCAUUAAAUUUGAAAGAAAAAAAAAAUCCUUUGUAAAGGAGAGAAUCGAUACAAGAGACCAGGAUCAGAUUACUCUGUAGAAGAUUUGAGUAUUUUAAAGAAAGCACACUGUUUUUUUCAGCCUUCAUUAAAAAGAAAAUAUAUGUAUACAUUAGAUAUCUGUAUUUAAAGAUUUCCUGUUUGACAGAAAAGGCACUACGCUGAUGGAGAGCUAUACGCAUGGUGCUAGAAUAAGCACAUUUUCAAAAGCAGCACAAAAUCAAAAAGAAAAAAAGAAAAUAAAUCUGUGCCCCAGAUACACUACAUAGACAAAAGUUUGUGGACCCCUGACCGUAAGUUCUAUGUGCUUUUUAAACAUCUCAUUCCACAUUUAGUCCCAAUUUCCAAUAAUAACCUUCAAUUUUAUGGAAGGAUGUUCCACUAGAUGGAGUGUGCUUGAGUUAGCGUUCACAUUCACCCCGAUCAUAUUCAAUAGAGUUGAAUUCGGAGCUCUAUAGCAGGAGAUCUUCUACUUCAACCUUCAACAAUAUCUUCAUUGAGGUCACUUUGUGCACAGAAGCAUCUUCAUGCUGGAACAGGUUUGAGUCUUCUAGUGCAUGAAUGGAAAAUCUGAAAUUGUUGGUGCCUCCAUGUACAUCCUAUACAAUUCUGUGCCUUCAUCUUUGUGCUAACAUUUUGGGGAAGAACCACAUAUGGCUGGAAAAAAGUGUCUUAAUGCUUUUGUCCAUGUAGUGUAAUCCUCGUCUCAGUUUCUUGUUGGAAAAUCUGUUCAUGUGCCCCCUAGUGGCUGUGUUUAAAAAAGGUAGGAUUUUCACUCUGAUACUGAAACCUCAUAGACCUUAAAAAUCAGAAAUCUUCCAUAAAAUUCAGCAUUUUCAAUUUUUUUAAAUAAUUUCUCUUCAUAUAUCAGUCAAUCCAAAAACAAACCCAUGUUUAAUUGUUUUAUGACAUGUUUUGCAAAGGGCACAGGUCAUCACUGAGCUCUUAAUCUUUUUACCAAAAUGUAAUACCAAACCUACCAGAUUACAUUAUAUAUCACACCACACAUAAAAGUGCUUUAGUAAUACUUUCACAUAGACAUAAAUAGACUAAUUUAAUUUGUUUUUUUAUUGAAGGGUGCUAUUGGAAAUAGACUGAAACAUGUUUACAAAACAGCUGAUACUCAAUCAUCUCAAAUGAUACGUAUGUAGAACAAGCUAGAAAUUAGAAUUACACUGAAAAGCAAGCAGCCAUUGACUCACGUCUCAUCGUAUAUAUCUCUGACCUUCACUGCAGUCGAAACAGCCAUUAUAAAUGGAAUAUAGCACUAUAUGUAACAGUACAGACAAGAAAAAAAUUGCAUGCACAGAUAUUUUAAUAUUUAUCAAUAUCUAAAAGAAAUUCAUAAAUGAUAUAAAAAAAGAAUGAGCGAUCGAAUACAAUACUACAAAUAAAUGACCUAAAAAGCUAUAUCAGAGGAUCUAAAGUUGGUUAGAGGCAUUUAUGCACAAUUGAAAUAUAUAUAUAUAUAUCUCCCAUUCAAAAAAAUAACCAAUUUUCUGAAUAGAUAUCGUUAUAGUGUGCUUAUGUUUGAAUGCAAUUCUUCAUGUCGGUGUUUAAAAUGUUCGUGUUAUUUACUGAAUUCUUCGUUCAUUGUGAACUCAAUUGUCAAAAACGUGAAAAAGAAAAAGGAAAAAAAAACAACAAAAAAAAAAAACACUUUUUAUCCAUUUAUUCUUGGGAAUAAUGUUGUGGAAUUUCCAGAAAUCAAAGUAUUUACUGCAACUUACUCAUAUUAUUCAAGCAAUUUGAUUAAUGUGCCUAUUUAUUUAUUUUCCCCUUUGUCAAAGAUGCUGUUCUGGAAAAUGACAGAAAUGUAAAUCCCCACCUUUUAAACAAUUAUGAAAUUGAGUUCAGCAUUAGAAUAGGAUAGUAUUUAUGUUCCCUGUUUUUUUUUUUUUUUUAUGUUCCAUAUUAAUUUAUAUUUCAUAUCAGUGUAAACAAAUUACCUUGGCUAAAAAAAGAAAUAAAAUCAUUUGGAGGUAAGAUUUUUUAAGGAAUUUGGUAAGAGGUUUGAUUGCCUUAGAUGUAAAAAGACACAACAAAUGUAACAAUUUUGAAUGUGCUUUAAAAAAAAAUCAAGCUGCAUAAUAGUUCCAUAAUGUGUAUUGAAGAAUGGCUUUUCAUUUUUUAUAUUGUCUGCCAUUUCAUUUUUGUCUGAAGACCAGAAAUGCAUGCUCAGUACAAAGAUGUUUCACAAUUUUCUGCGCUCCAAAGAUCAAGAUUUUGGUGAAUUCUGAUCUGCAAAUUUGUAUCAAGUGAAGCCGUGACUGAGGACUGAGGAGACUCAUAUAGUUGUGUGUUUCAGCAUCCUGGUUUACGCAGCACAACUUUAUAAGAAUAUACAUAAUAUGGACAAACAUUUGUGGACACCUGACUAUGCUUCUUAAACAUUCCAUUUCACAUGUAUUCCCCAUUUGCUGUUAUAACAUCCAGUUUUCUGGUAAGACGUUAGACUAGAUUUUAAGGUGUGCCUGUGAAGAUUAAUUCAGAUACGAGGGUGUUCGUAAAGUCAGGAAUUGAUGUAGGUGACGUGAGGAGUCCUUGGGUCCAAUUCAUCCCAAGGGUGUUCAACAGGGUUGAGGUCAGAGCUCUAUAGCAGGCCACUCAAGAUCUUCCACUCUAUUCCAUGUAAACCUUCAUGGAGUUGGCUUUGUGGACAGGGGUAUUGUCAUGCUGGAACAGGUUUAGUCUCCUAGUUCAGGUAAAGGGAAAAUUUAGGCUACCACUUCUAAAGACUUUCUAUACGAUUGUGAACUUCUAACUUUGUGGAAGAAGCACAUGUGGCAUAUGUUAGAUGUCCCAAUACCUUUGUCCAUAUAAAUGAUAUAUUUUAACACACGAUCCGGUUGUGCGACUUCAGCCUGACCCCAUUAAUCUACCUACAUCUACAGUAUAUCAACACUGACUCGUUUUUUAUACUGCUGUUUUCUUUUUAAUUAUUGUAGUUGAAUUUCAGUAGGACAAGCACAAAAAGGUGGACAGCAUGGAAAUAAGGCCUUUCCUUUUUAAAAGCUGAUAUAUGAUUGUCUAACAAAUCUUCAAUUAUCAAUGUGAACAGUUUGUAGCUAGGACACUGGUGAUCCAUAUCAAAUUCUUUGACUUACUACUUCUUACUACUGUUUCAAAGUUUUCUUAUGCAAGUCCAGUGAACAGAAAGUGAACCUGUAUGCGUUUUUAAUAACUGUAUAAUCGGUGCAUUGUUGUGUGUUUUUUUUUUAAAUAUGUGAUGAAAACUCAGCUUUUCUUCUGACCAUGAGCAGGAAGUGGCUUUGCUUCCAAGUAGCAUUUAUUUAACAGCGGUGCCCUUGGCAACAAUCCAAACAUGAAUAAAUGAUUUUCCCUUAAAGAAAUCGUUAGAUUUUUUUAUUAUUAUUGUUAUUUUUAUUAGUUUUUUUUAAUAUGCUAGGUAAAUGAGGACACAUUUUAAACUGCAAGUUGAUGUGUCAUACUAUAGAUUUUAUAAUCUUACUUUUACAUUUUUAUUUUUACCAAUCUUAU